GGAGCGAAACCAGUGUGAGUAGAAAUUGUAAUUUUUUAAGUCUAAUUUGUAUUUAAUAUGCUGCUAAUUUACUAGAGAAUAAACCACUCAACCAACUAUGUAACUGACAGCUAAUUGUAAACCUUCGUCAAGCAACUACAUUAUUUCAAAUAAAAAUAACUUACAAAUAUUGAAAUUGGAGCUUAGUGACAUUCAUUUGCAGCCGUGCCAUCUUCUAGUUGGUUCCAAGUUUAUUCACAUAUCCGUGGUAAAGAACAUCUUUAUUCUACUGGCUGGCAAUCUCGCAAUUGCCGCCAAAAUUAAACGUCACUGCUGAUAUUUCCCGCCAUUUUCGUUACUAUUGCGUUUUUUCGUCGUGUUUUAUGUCACUAAGUCCAAUUACAGCGAGAACUAGCAAAAGGAAAAAUAAAGGUUUAUUGCCCGUUCGAUAUCGUGAUUUAGACAAAAAAAUUCCGCUCUCCAGAUCACCGAGCGACCAAACGCCAAAGGAACAUUCGAGGUCAUCCAGCCAGUCGCAAAUGAGCUCAUCUGCACAGCAACCUUUGACUUCGAAUGCUCAGUCGCAGACCGCCAGUCUAGCUCACUCACAGAAUGCCCUUUCACAGACACAGCAGAUUGUUCAACCAUCUUCUGCUCAACCACAACCAGAUGUACCUGUCCAGCCGCAACAAUCGAAAGUGAAAGAGCCGCCAAUAAAGUCAAGUUCACAGAACAAACCACAAAUUAAUGUUGAUGAGCUAAGCCGACAAUUGAAUAAGAGAAUGGAGGACAUGAAAAACGAGUUCCAGCGCCAAAUGCAAGUCAUGCAAACAUUGUUGGUUUCUAAUACGCAACAACUACGUGUAGAGAUGGCACAGUCUAGAUCCAAUGCCUCGUCAGAGACUUCUUUGAUUUCGAAGCCGGCACAACCGCCGUCAUCGGAUAUGUUGCCGCGAGAGCCAACUGCACUUCAGUCAAUGCCGCCGCAGUCGCAAGCCUCCCUGCCGCUUGCUCCGCCAAUAGUACAGCCGUCACCGACACCUCUAGGUCCCACUCCAUCUACGUUUUCAACCUCUCAGCUACCGCUCACCGCGCCGCAGUCAGCACCAUCGUUUAUGCAAGGUUCGCUACCAACGUCGCAGUCUGAAUCGGCGCCACCGUAUAUGGCACAGACUCACGCACAGCCCCAGCGCGUACUACCACACUUCAAAUAUGAAAGCCAGAAUAAUAUGGUACGUGCUAGGAAAAUAUUCCCACUACCUAUAUUUUCAGGUUCGCCGGAAGACUGGCAGACGUUUAUAGAGGCAUUCGAGAGCACAACCGCCGAAUUUGAUUAUUCUAACCUACAUAAUAUAAUGCGCUUGCGCGACGCAUUGCAAGGUCGAGCAAGAGAAACGGUAGUGUCGCUCUUGGGAAACUCUUCCAAUGUUACUACGAUCAUCGAGAUAUUGCGCGAAGCCUUUGGAAGACCAGAGCAAUUGAUUAAAAGCCAAAUCGAGAAAGUUCGAUCCAUCCCGCCGUUAGUAGACGGCCACCUCGAGUCGCUCGUCAACUUCGCCAACAAGAUGACAAACAUGGCGACGUUUUUGCAAAACGUGGAUGGUUUUCAUCACUUGUCUAACCCAACACUAAUAAGCGAAUUAGUAGCAAAACUACCAACAGCACGACAAAUGAUGUGGGCAGAAAAGUGUUUGCAAUUGGAGCGACCUCCAACAAUUGUAGACUUCAGCAACUGGCUAUGCACACUACGUCGUCUGGCUAACAUGGUAACUGACACACUGCCACAUAAUCCUGUAGUGCGCAGACAACAGCAAAUCAGAAAUAAUGACUCACCUAAUAACCGCCGCUACGCAUGCGCCAGUGUUGUGCAAGAAAAUUGUCUCAAUUGCAAAGGCAAUUGCAAAACCUUGAGUAAUUGCCAAUCUUUUUUGCAGAUGACCAGUGAGGAUCGGUGGAAAAAAUUGAAAGCCUUAAAACUCUGUUUCUCGUGGCUCAAAAAAGGUCAUCGCGUGCAGCAAUGCCUUUCCCGUAAGCAUUGUAGAACAAACGAGUGUCAAAGAGUACACCAUCAAUUGCUCCACGCAGAUUUUGCUGAUGCGUCUUCCGGACGACGCGAAUCAAGGGUGAACCCAUCACCCGUCUCAAUUGUGGCAGAUCCGACUACACCGCAACAGACCGAACACCGAAAUUGCCUUGCCGACUGCAGCUCCGAUAAAGUGCUCUUUCAAAUUUUGCCAGUCAAAUUGUAUGGGCGAGAUAAUGUUAUAUCCACGUACGCAUUCGUCGAUGAUGGAGCAAAUGUAUCGAUGAUUGACCGCGAUCUUGCCUUAAAACUUGGAAUUCGUGGCAAAGCAGAAAUAUUGGAGCUGCAGUGGUUGAACGAACAAAGAAAUACGCAAAAAACGG